AUUCAUUUAAAUGUGCAAAUUGAAAAUGUCAUUUAGGUAUCCACAUUUUUUGUUUUGUAUUCGAUAAAACAACACUUAGAGAAAAAGUGUGUCGAAAAUAAUUUAUCCUACUCAAUCUUGAAAAAAAAAAAUAUACAGAAAUUAUUUUCGUGGAUAACAUUAACUACAAAAAUUAUGGUCCAAUUUGUUCAAAGUUUUGUUUAAAGCCUCAGCAACUUUUCAUCAAAGAAUUGGCUUCUCUACCAUUGAAAACGGUGUAUUUUAAAUAGAUGCUUUUCUAUAUUUCAAUAUUUUCAUACAAAUAUUUUCUUUAAGUGUAUUAACCGAGUCCACUUAUGCUAAAUUCCAUGGUUAGAUGCUAUGUCACGAAUCAAUUAUAUCCACCAUCUCUUGAAUGAUUGCACAAGUAUUUUUGUUCGUCAAAUAAAUUUUAAGUGCAGUGUCAUGUAUCGCUAUCAAUACUCAACCCAACCUUAAUAUAUUUGCACACAAUUCAAUUAGUUGUCAACAGUGCAUUUUCUGAUUUACCAUGAAGCAGUUUAGCUCAAAACACUUUAUUAUCUUGUAUGCAGUGCAUGCCUUUUUGAUAGUUGACGCCAUUGCCGACGCCAGCAGCAAUUUAAAUAAAACUGUCAAACUCGAACGUGGAAAACGGUAUUUAGAUUUUUUGAAAUCAAGUCGUGUUUUUUUUCGUGCAAAUGUAAAGAAUAACAUUUUGGAUGUCAACGCACUUUUUGCGUAUGCAUAUGGAUUUCGAUCAAAUUAUCCAAUAGAUAAUGAUAAAAAACAAAAACAAAAACAUGCUAUGAAAAGAGAUAUUUAUAAAACGCUCGAAACUUUUAUGGAUGGACAUGGUUUUGAUGGCAAGGCUUGUAUUUUGAAAUCUUUUUGUACAGCAAUGAAGGAGGGACCGUCUCAAGAAGGGAUAUUGUUCAAGACCUUCAAGACAAUUCUAGCAUUGAAUGAACACGACAGAAGACAUUUUAAAUAUUUGAAGGACGAAAACUGUGAUCAAAUUCUGCAUCAUCAUUGUCCUUUGAGUUUUAAUAGCAUAUCACCAUUUACUGAUGACGUUUAAUACAAUUUUUAAUAUUAUUUGGGUUAAAAACUGAGAAUUUGAAAAUAACUUUACAU